CGCGCCGCCGCCGCGACCGACGCAGAGGAGCCACUGAGAAGCCACUGCGCCCCAACAAAAAACAACAGUAGAAAGGGGCUGCCCCCGCGCAACGCCAGCCACCAUGGGGGACGACAGCUUUUUAGGAGACCGCGACAUCGUGCGCCAGCGCAUGAUCGCCGAGAAGGGCUACACGAACCAUUUAGCUGGUAUGUACGCCGACAAGUUCACGCACCCCCGUUUACAAUGUGAGGCCGGCCGCUACAUCAGUAUCGGGGACCCGUACGUCGACGAGGCCGAGCGCCUCCCGGCGCGCUGGAAGGAGAAGCAGAUGGGCACGACCAUGUACCCGAAGAACGCGGGCAACGGGUACUUCGGGAACAUGGGCAAGCCGUUUAUGUACAUGCCAGAUAAGUAUGUGGAACAGUUACCCUAUGCCAAGACCCAGCCCUAUGAUACUCGUAAAUUGGGUUUUGGCACGCACGACGCGUCGAAGCGCGACGAAUUUACGGACAGAGUCCGCACCGAACAAUACAGAGAUCUACUGAAGCGCGAGAAGCGCAUCUUGCAACGCAACGAGCAGAAACGAGGCGGCCUGGCCGAGCAGAUCCGCAAGGCCCACAAGAAACUAGCCGAAGCCGCCGUCGAAGAAGAACGCCAAAGAGAGGUGUGCGGCCUCAGCGCGGCGCCCUUCCUCUACGACAUUGGGCGCUCUAGAGAAACGCAGUUCGACCCCAAAACCAAGACGGACUGCUUCUACAACGCCUACCAGGCCCGCAAGCGCGAGAUGCGCCGCGGCGGCUACCGCUCCAUGUCCCAGGACAUCGGCGACGGCGCGUGGGACCUCCAGCAGAAGCGCGAGACGUUCGGGCGCUCGCACGCGACGGCGGCCUUCUACUCCAAGUCGCACAUCGAGUGCGGGGACAUCUAAAGGCAUCGUGGUGGGGCGGCGCGCGCGCGUAAGACUUUCAUUCU